UAACGCGUUCUCUUCUGCUGUAGAACCUGCAACUGCGUCUGGAGGAAAUACGCAUCAGCAUUGUGCCUCAGGGCCAAUCGCUCAACCAAAACAGCUACAGCGUUUUGUCGGGUAACAAUGUGGGCGUGCAGGUGAAAGACGGCCAGUACGAGCUCUCGAAGGUGCAGGAGAACAGCUUGUCCAAGGAAGUCAUCCAGACCAAAAACAACGUCAUCACCAUCUUCCGGUACCGGUACAAGAACGACCAAGGCAUCGUCAUCUUCGUGCAGAGGCAGAACAUCGUCAUCAUCUACGACGGCGAACGCGUCAUCCUCAAGGUGCCCAACAACUUCCGAAACCACGUGCAAGGCCUCUGCGGCACCUUCACUGGCGAGCCCAGCACCGACUUCUCCGACCAAGACGGCCUGGUGCAGAGAGACCCCGAGCUGUUCACGGCGUCAUACCUGUGGAGCCUCAACGAAUGCAGUAGCUCCGCCGCGAACAAGUACCGCCUCUCCCAGAAACAGCCUCGCUUCCCCAAGGACAUCCA